AUGGUUAAAACCAUAGCCUCUAAUACUAUGAAAUUUCAACAGAACACUGAGGCCAGCAAUCAAGAGAUGAAAGCAUGUAUGCAAAACUUGGAAAAUCAGAUGAGUCAAUUAGCCUCAAUUGUCAACCGACUAGACUCCCAGGGAAAGGGAAAACUUCCAUCCCAACUUGAGGUGAAUCCCAAGAAUGUAAGUGCAAUGACCCUCAAGAGUGGGAAAGAGGUUGAAGGACCAGCACCAGUGGCUCCGAAGGACAAGAAUGAGGACCGCAUUGAGAAGGAGCUUGAGGAAGAAGGAACGCCCGGCACAAAUAAAGAGAUAAUACGUAACCCAGUGGUUCCAGUUAAGCCUAACCCACCACCUUUUCCUAGCAGGUUGGAAAGGCCUAAAAAGCAAGACAAGGAAAAGGAAAUUCUGGAGAUGUUUAGAAAGAUGGAGAUAAAUAUCCCCUUACUUGACGCAAUUAAGCAAGUACCCCGGUAUGCCAAAUUUUUGAAGGACCUAUGCAUCAAUAGGAAGAAAUUGAGGGGAGAUGAAAGGAUAAUUGUGGGAGAGAACGUAUCCGCAGUGCUUCAAAGAAAACUUCCACCCAAGUGCGGAAACCCAAGUAUGUUCACUAUUCCUUGUAAAAUAGGGAACACUAGCAUUAGGAAUGCCAUGUUAGAUUUAGGAGUCUCUAUAAAUGUGAUGCUCAAGACUAUUUAUGCUUCUCUAAAUUUGGGUCCCUUAAAGGAAACUGGCAUUAUAAUUCAAUUGGCUGAUAGGACUAAUGCUUAUCCUAAUGGGGUGAUAGAAGAUGUGUUAGUACAAGUGAACAAUUUAGUGUUCCCUGCUAAUUUUUAUAUUCUUGAUAUGGGUGAUGAACGUUCUCCAAAUCCAUCACCAAUUUUGUUGGGGAGGCCCUUCUUGAGCACAGCUCGUACAAAAAUUGAUGUUAGUGAGGGUACCCUAAUGAUGGAAUUUGAUGGAGAAAUAGUUCAUUUCAGUAUAUUUGAGGCCAUGAAAUAUCCGUGUCAUUCUAAUGCUGUUUUUGCUGUGAGUAUAAUUGACCCUUUGGUGCAAGAAGUAUUUGAGAUUAAUGGCAGGGAUGAAUUGGAGGUAGCAAUCACCAAACAUUUGGAUCUGGAAGCAACCUGUGAAAUGGAGUUAGGCAUCAGUUUGCAAAGAAUGGUUGGAGCCUUGUAUUCACUAGGCCAAAGUCCUCUAAGAUAUGAUGUUGCUCCUAUAUUUGUGCCUGAACCACACCUAAAGCUAUUACCUUCUAUCGUGCAGGCACCUGAAGUGGAGUUGAAACCCCUGCCCGAGCAUUUAAAGUAUGCCUUUCUAGGUGAAAAAGAGACGUUACCGGUGAUAAUCUCAUCCAAAUUAUCACCCACGGAGGAGGAUAAGCUGCUACGGGUUUUAAAGGAGCAUAAGGAAGCUAUAGGGUGGACAAUUGCAGACAUCAAGGGUAUAAACCCGUCCGUGUGCAUGCAUCGAAUUCGCCUGGAAGAGGAUGCUAGGCCGAUAAGACAACCACAAAGGAGAUUGAACCCCAUCAUGAUGGAAGUGGUCAAGAAAGAGGUAAUCAAGCUUCUUAUUAUUUUCUCUAUCUCAGAUAACCCAUGGGUGAGUCCGGUCCAAGUGGUGCCAAAGAAAGCAGGGGUAACUGCGGAAGAAAAUCAUGAAGGGGACCUUGUUCCAAUUCGAAAGCCUACGGGUUGGCGCCAGUGCAUCGAUUAUCGUAAAUUGAACGCAGUGACCAAGAAGGAUCAUUUUUCCCUUCCAUUCAUCGAUCAAAUGGUUGAAAGGUUAGCUGGUCGUGCAUAUUAUUGUUUUUUAGAUGGUUUCUCUGGUUAUUUUCAGAUAGCAAUUGCGCCAGAGGAUCAAGAGAAAACAACUUUCACUUGCCCCUUUGGCACUUUUGCCUAUUGA